AUGGAUAAGGGAAUACAGGUCGAUUCUGUGUAUACUGACUUCCGUAAGGCCUUCGAUAAAGUAGAUCACUAUAUAUUACUCAAGAAAAUCGCUUUUAAUGGGAUUCGUGGUGAUUUGCUCAGAUGGUUUCAUUCUUACAUUACAAAAAGAACUCAGAGAGUUGUCGUUAACGGCCAUUCAUCUAACUUAGUUACUGUCAUAUCAGGUGUACCACAAGGCUCUAUUCUCGGUCCCUUGCUGUUUAUCUUAUUUAUCAAUGACAUCAACAAUUGCUUUCAUCACAGCCAUUUCCUACUUUACGCUGACGACCUAAAGGUAUACCUGCCAAUCUUAAGCGCUGAUGACAACUUUAAGUUACAAAGUGAUCUUUAUCGCUUAUCUUUGUACUGUACUAAAAAUAAACUACAGCUUAAUGUUGAUAAAUGUAAAUCAAUAACAUUUACAAAGAAGCGUAAUCUUAUAAAUAAUACAUAUACUAUUAAUAAUACAGAGUGGAUCUAA